GACUUUGAGGUGCCGAAGAAGCUCAACUGGUAUUAUGCGCCAGUUUUCACCGCAUUCUGGAUGAUAAUCUAUUUCAGUAUAGUGAUUACACAAGUUAAUCGUCUACCCACGCCACUAACACGGAAAGAUGAGUUAACGCAUCCUGAUGCCUACAUAGCGGAACGUGCCGAACAGAUACUGAUCAACCUUUCACGCAUCGGCCCGAAGGUGGUGGGCAGUGAGGCGAACGAAGUGAAGGCUGUGGAAUUCAUAGUCGGCGAACUCAACAAAGUUAAAGAACAAAUGAGCGAUUACUUUGAACUGGAAAUUGAUGUUCAAGUGGCCACCGGUUCAUAUGUGCACUGGACUAUGUUGAAUAUGUAUCAGGGCAUACAAAAUGUGGUGGCGAAAUUGAGCGAAAAAAAUAAUACGAGUUCGAAUUAUUUGCUUAUGAAUUCGCAUUUCGACAGCGCGCCUGGCAGUCCGGGUGCAUCAGAUGAUGGUUCGAUGGUAUCGACUAUGUUGGAAGUGUUGCGCGUCAUUGCGAAAUCUGAUGGACCACUCGCACAUCCCAUUGUGUUUCUGUUCAAUGGCGCAGAGGAGAAUCCUUUGCAGGCAUCGCAUGGUUUCAUUACACAGCAUAAAUGGGCACAGAACUGCAAAGCUCUUAUCAACUUGGACUCCGCUGGUUCAGGCGGACGUGAGGUGCUUUUCCAAUCCGGACCCGGUAACCCAUGGCUGAUGAACUAUUACCGCCGCGUGCCACAUCCAUUCGCGAGUACGUUGGCCGAGGAGCUCUUUCAAAAUAAUUUCAUACCAUCUGAUACAGACUUUCGAAUUUUUCGUGACUACGGUGGUGUGCCUGGUUUGGAUAUGGCCUAUAUCUUCAAUGGCUAUGUCUAUCACACAGAGUUCGAUCGCUUCAAUGUCCUGGCAAAAGGUUCGCUGCAAAAUACAGGCGAUAAUGUGCUAAGUUUAGCGAGGUCAAUUGCUAACGCGCCUGAAAUGGAUAAUCCAACGGGCUACGAGUCGGGUACUGUUAUUUUCUACGACUUCAUCGGUUGGUUCAUCCUUUACUAUUCAAUAAAUACCAGUAUCAUCAUCAACGGCAUUGCUUGCUUGGGGGCUAUCGUCGCCAUAUUCCUUUCGCUUUACUUCAUGUCCGCCCGAUCGGGGCUGGGUUGGUUAGCAAUUGGUCGUCGAUAUGCGCUCUCGUUUGCCGUACAAGUACUCGGACUCUCAUUGGGUGCAGUUUGGGUAAUAAUAAUAGCAGUUUUUAUGGACGGUGUGGGACGUUCUGAGACAUGGUUCUCUAACACUUGGUUGAUAUAUGGUCUCUAUUUUUGUCCAAUGUUUUUCUGCAUGGGUAUAUUUCCGGCAAUGUUUCUGGAACGUACAAAGAAGGAUCUGCUGAGCUUGGGUUUUCGCAUACAGCUCUUCAUGCACUCGCAUUGUUUAAUUCUUGUUUUGCUAACGAUCAUCUUAACGGCGCUGAGUGUGCGUUCGGCCUAUAUGUGUAUGAUGGCUGUUUUCUUUGACAUCGCAGCCUUGAUCAUAAACUUGAUCACGAAAUGGCAUCGCAGAGCGUAUUGGUUCGCUAUCACCGUAAUUAUUUGCCAAAUCUUGCCAUUCAUAUACUACACAUCAACAGCAUAUACCAAUUUGGCCUCUAUGAUACCGAUGGUUGGUCGCUCAGGAUCCGGUACAAAUCCGGAUUUGCUAAUUGCUGCCAUUGCAAUCUUCUUUUCCUGCCUAUUUGCAGGUUUUCUGAUGCCGCUCUACCUGUUCUUCCGUAAAACGCGUACAAUCAUGCUUUGCUUCUUGGGCGUUACGAUUCUCUUCAUCGUACUGGCUGUAACGCCAGUUGGUUUCCCCUACACGCCCAAAGUGGCCACCCAACGCUAUUCGCUGCUCCAUGCAAAUCGCAUACUCUAUAAUGCCGAUGGCACAGCGCGCGUCAAUGAAUCGGGCAUUUAUAUCUUCCCACAGGAUCGUCGCAUACACGAAGUGGAUGAUAUUAUCAACAGCAUCGGCGUUAAACAACAGGUCGGCGAUAUUUGUAACGACGAAAUUUUCUGCGGCAUGCCAUUGUUGAAUCAUCGUUGGCACAAAGCCAGAGAAACUAGUUUCUGGAUAACCAUAGACGAACAACCGAAUAUUCCCAGCGAUAAACCGCUACUAACUUUGACAUCCCAAACCGCAUUGGAUACUGCAAAUACGCAGCGUUACAACUUCACGCUUGCCGGCCCCGAUCACAUGGCAAUCUAUAUUGGACCUAAAGCGUCGAAUAAAAUUGUCAAUUGGUCAUUCAACGAAACAAUGUUGGGCGAUAGUUGGAGCCCACCGUUCUUUAUUUACUACUCGUAUGGUAAAGAUAGCAGCGCUUUGGAGUUCUUCAUCGACUUGGAGGUUCUCGCCGACAACUCAACCACAGAGAACUUAGAAAUCGGUAUAGUUGGCCAUUGGAUCCAUCAGACGAAUACACGCCCUGACGAAUAUGAAAAAUUCAUACAAAGCUUUCCGGACUAUGCUUUUGUUGUCGAUUGGGUUGCCACCUACGAAAGUUGGCUGUUUUGAAUAGAUAUGUAUGAGGCAAUAAUUAACCAUUGUCAUUCAUAUGUAUGGAAACUCGAAAACGUUCACAUCAUGCGAUUGUUAGAGCUUCUAUAUGUAUUUGUUGUUAUUUCUUACUUUUUUAAGAAAUUCUCUUAACCAUUAAAUAUUAUGUGAGGCCAUAAGAACCACAGUAGCCUAUCAAAAAAGAAAGGUCUGAUAGUUGAGAACUAACGACAUAGUUGCGAUCUAAGGCCUUAACUUUUACGCCUUGGAAAAAACCAGUGCUGCUCUGGUUAUUUGCAAAAGGAGCAGUGCCUGCAAUAUCUGCAAUUUUAUUUUU